AUGGAACGAGGCUGCUACAACUGUGGUGACUCUUCGCACCAGGCUCGAGAUUGCCCUAAGAAAGGCACCCCGACCUGCUACAAUUGCGGAGCCGAAGGUCACCUUAGUCGAGACUGCACUGCUGCUCCCAAGCCCAAGUCGUGCUACAAAUGUCAAAUAGGUGGCAAUGAAGGACAUCUCGCUCGUGACUGCCCGCAGGCCGCACCUGCUGCUGGCGCAGGUGGUGGUUGGGGCGCUGCGGGCGGGAAUGCCUACGGUGGUGGCGCCCCUUCUCGCGAGUGCUACCGAUGCGGCGGACAAGGCCACAUCGCACGGCAAGGCGGCUACGGCGGUGGUCAAGGCGGCUACGGCGGCGGUUUCGGUCGCGGCGGCGGCGGUGGCGGCGGUCAGACAUGCUACUCGUGUGGUGGCGUUGGUCAUAUGUCACGUGACUGCACCCAAGGCCGGGCUCAGAAAUGCUACAACUGUGGCGAACAAGGCCAUCUGUCUCGGGACUGCCCUUCUGAGGCGAGCAAUGAGCGCAUCUGCUACAAAUGCAAGCAACCCGGUCACCUGCAGUCCGCUUGCCCGAACUAG